CUGAAGGGGUCUCCCACUUGUAAAUGACCUGGGGGAAAAAAAAAAAAAAUUCAUGACAGCUUCACUGGGCCUCUUCUUAUUCUUCCAUUUUUCUUUCCACCUGUCCUCUCCGUGGAAUGGAGCAUCAUUCCUUAGAGCACAAAAUCUGUUGUGCAUCUAAUAAUGACUGUGCUGUGAUAGGGAUUCUUAAACAGUUUUAUCCGUGAGGCUUGAAAUACUAACAGAUGAUGGUCUGUUCGUUUGGAUUACUGCGGAACUGCAGCUCCGUCCCUGCAAGGAUUUUAUCCUCAGCACUGCACUGAUUAAGCUAUUUUUCUACAAAGAUGGCAGUGUGCAGGGUAGAAGGGAACAAGACCCAUAUGUCAGUGGUCUAGGAUGGCCAGUGAAGGCUCUAACAUCCCAAGUCCUGUGGUGCGUCAGAUUGACAAGCAGUUUCUGAUCUGCAGCAUAUGCCUGGACCGUUACAAGAAUCCCAAAGUACUCCCCUGCCUGCACACUUUCUGUGAGAGGUGCUUACAGAAUUACAUUCCAGCCCAUAGCUUAACCCUUUCUUGCCCCGUGUGCCGCCAGACCUCCAUUCUGCCGGAGAAAGGGGUUUCUGCACUCCAGAACAACUUCUUUAUCACCAACCUGAUGGAUGUCCUGCAACGAACACCAGACAACAGCAUUGAAGAGUCCUCCAUCUUGGAGACUGUCACCGCCGUUGCUGCGGGCAAACCGCUCUCCUGCCCCAAUCAUGAUGGAAAUGUGAUGGAGUUUUACUGCCAGUCCUGUGAGACAGCCAUGUGCCGGGAGUGUACAGAGGGAGAACAUGCAGAGCAUCCCACAGUACCGCUCAAGGAUGUGGUGGAGCAACACAAGGCUUCCCUCCAAGUCCAGUUGGAUGCUGUCAACAAAAGGCUUCCAGAGAUCGACUCAGCACUCCAUUUUAUAUCUGAAAUCAUACACCAGUUAACCAACCAAAAGGCUAGCAUUGUAGAUGACAUUCAUACCACUUUUGAUGAACUCCAGAAGACUUUAAAUGUGCGAAAGAGCGUGCUGCUUAUGGAACUGGAAGUGAAUUAUGGCCUUAAACACAAAGUCCUCCAAACACAGCUGGAUACCUUACUCGAAGGACAAGAAAGCAUCAAAAGUUGCAGCAACUUUACAGCCCAAGCUCUCAACCACGGCACUGAAACUGAAGUCCUGCUGGUGAAGAAGCAAAUGAGUGACAAGCUGAAUGAGCUGGCUGAGCGGGACUUCCCGCUGCAGCCCCGUGAAAACGAUCAGCUGGACUUCAUCGUGGAAACAGAAGGCCUGAAGAAAUCCAUUCACAAUCUGGGUACCAUUUUAACCACCAAUGCUGUUGCCUCUGAAACUGUUGCUACAGGUGAGGGACUGAGGCAGACCGUGAUCGGACAGCCCAUGUCUGUUACCAUCACGACCAAGGACAAAGAUGGGGAGCUCUGUAAGUCUGGGAACGCUUACCUCACUGCUGAACUGAGCACGCCCGACGGCAGCGUGGCAGAUGGAGAAAUACUUGACAAUAAAAAUGGCACUUACGAAUUUUUGUAUACUGUUCAGAAAGAAGGGGACUUCACUUUGUCUCUGAGACUUUAUGAUCAACAUAUCAAGGGCAGCCCGUUCAAACUUAAAGUGGUCAGAUCAGCAGAUGUGUCCCCUACCACUGAAGGGGUGAAGAGGCGUGUGAAAUCUCCUGGCAGCGGUCACGUGAAGCAGAAAGCUGUGAAAAGGCCUGCGAGCAUGUACAGCACUGGCAAAAGAAAAGAGAAUCCCAUUGAAGAUGAUUUGAUCUUCAGAGUAG